AUGGAGGCAACAAAUGGAACAUCCGCACCCGCUGCCCCGGCUAAUGGUGAGCGGGAGGACCCGGGGGGAUUCAAGCUGAAGUUCUGCACAGUCUGUGCCAGCAACCAGAACAGAUCCAUGGAAGCGCAUCUUCGGUUGUCACAGGCUCACUACCCAGUCAUCUCCUUUGGUACAGGAUCUCUAGUUCGACUACCCGGACCUUCAAUAACACAGCCCAAUGUCUACCAAUUCAACAAGGUGUCAUACGACGCCAUGUAUAAGGAACUCCACGAGAAAGAUCCCCGGUUAUAUACCGCCAACGGCCUACUCAACAUGCUCGGUAGAAAUAGACAAGUGAAGUGGGGUCCGGAACGAUGGCAAGAUUGGCAAGUAGGUAUUCCUAGAACUGAGCACACCUCGGACCGAGGAAGCGAAGGGACAGAAGGCGGCGUGGUAGACGUAGUAAUCACCUGCGAGGAGAGAUGCUGGGAUGCCGUCAUUGACGACCUUCUGAAUAGAGGGUCCCCUCUAAACAGACCCGUUCAUGUUAUCAACGUCGAUAUCAAGGAUAAUCAUGAGGAAGCUUCUAUCGGUGGGCGAGGCAUUCUCGACCUUGCCGACUCGUUAAACAAUGCUGCGAAGGAGGAACGCGAGUCUAUUGGACCUGCCGCGUUCGAUAUGGCGAGUGCAGCUAGCAGAGCCUCUUUUGAUGAACGAGUACCGGAGAUCAUCGGGGAAUGGCAGGAGAGGUGGCCAAAUCUGCCUGCGACGUGGACGUUGGCUUGGUUUUAG